UAUCGCCCACCAUUCACAUUUCACUCACUAAAAAACUCACUCUCUUCACUCUUCACCCAUUUCAGAAGAGAAAGGAAAAAAACCACAGCCAUAUAAAUAUAUAUAUACACCUCCAUCCACAAACUCACUACCGGCGAUUAUUGGUCACCGGAGAAAUGAAUAUUCCGGCGACUUUCAUUUCGAUUACUGUACGCAAUGCUCGAAUCUCCGAUCAUCGCCGACACGUUUUCCAUGAAAAUCCUUGACCGGAAGCGAUCUCGUUUCGCUUAGUUACAGUACACGUUAUUCGACGCUUUUCCUUAGCCGAAAAAAAAAUUAAAAAGUUAUUACCGAUACGAUACUUCUAGAGGAAGGUACCGAUUUUUCUCCCUUCGUUCGUACAUAAAUUUUGGUAGAGUUUUCCUUUUUGUUUCCGCUGUUUUCUUUUUCAUUUGUUAGAUUAACCUGAUAAUCUAACGGAAAAACAAAACAGCGAAUGUAGAUGGAAUAUUGAGAAAUUGGAUUGAUUUUCGUCAUUUUUUUGUUGUUCGUUUCUGUGUAAUUUGAGUGAAUGGUUUUUGAGUUGUUUAGAUAGACUAAGCUCUGAAAAUGGAGCAGAAAAAACCUUUUAGUUGUAAUUAGAAGCGGAGGUAGUUUGAAGAAAAGAUUUUUUUUCGUUUUCUCUUUCUCUUCUUCGGAACGAUGCCAUUUCCGAUGAAGAUACAACCUCUUGAUAUUGAUCCCGAAUCAGUUAGGGAACCUGCGGUUCGAACCGAUUCAGCUAAACCGGUGUUGAAAUCGCGGUUCAGGAGGCUCUUUGACCGCCAGUUUCCGAGCGUCCUGAGGAAUUCUUCAACAGAAAAGACCACUAAUGUUAAUGGCGAACCAACUCAGUACAAAGAUGGAGGAGCAGCCACUGUGUUUGAACCGAGUUCGGUUUGCUUGGCCAAGAUGGUUCAAAAUUUCAUCGAGGAAACCAACGAGAGGCAACCACCUCCACCUCCACCCAAAUGCGGGCGUAACCGCUGCAAUUGCUUUAAUGCGAACAGCUACGAUAGCUCCGAUGAUGAAUUCGACGUCUUCGGCGGUGGUUUCGGAGACUCCACUACCUCCGGAUCUUUUGGCGGCGACGCCUCCGACAUCCUCAAGAGUCUAAUUCCUUGUGCGAGCGUAGCAGAGAGAAAUCUCUUGGCCGAUACUGCUAAGAUCGUUGAGAAGAACAAAAAUCACAAACGAAAAGAAGAUUUGAUAAAGAUUGUAACCGAAGGACUCUCAUCUAUGGGCUACGAUUCCACCAUCUGUAAAUCUAAAUGGGAAAAAUCUUCUUCAUUCCCAGCUGGUGAAUACGAGUACAUAGAUGUGGUAGUAAAAGGCGAGAGGUUAUUGAUAGACAUAGAUUUCAGAUCAGAGUUUGAGAUAGCUCGAUCAACCGGAGCUUACAAGGCUAUCCUCCAAUCUCUGCCGUACAUAUUCGUCGGAAAAUCUGAUCGGCUUGGCCAAAUAGUCUCCAUCGUUUCUGAGGCGGCCAAACAGAGUCUUAAGAAGAAAGGAAUGCACUUCCCUCCAUGGCGGAAGGCCGAUUACAUGAGAGCCAAAUGGCUCUCUCCUCACUCCAGAAAAGACCCCAUAGCCAUCGCUGUUCCAGAAUCGGAAUCGGAGAAGGUCAAAUCUGACGUUGAAUCUCAGGACGACGACGGGUUUAGCGAUUGCGGUGAAUUGGAGCUGAUUUUCGGCGAGAAGAGCCUGCCGUCGGAGAACGAUCCCGGCGGAUCUGCCGCCGAGAAAGAUUUUCCGGCGGAUGAGAAAAAUUCGUCGGAGCCGGUAACGGCGUGGCAGCCACCGGCGAUUGAACCGAAGAGUGUAGAGAGAGGAACUAAAAUCGUUACCGGAUUAGCUUCUCUACUCAAAUAAAAAAAAAAAAAGUUUUGCAUUUACAUCUUUUUCAAAUUUUCGAGAUAAAAAAAAAUGAAUAUAUAAAUAAUAAUAUAAUAUAAAAACAUAUAUAAAAUGAGGAGAUCAAAUAUUAGCACACGUCUCCUCUCUCUCUUCGUUUUUUUUUCCUUUUUGCCCUUUUAACUCAUGUAUGUAUAUGUUAAGAAAAGAGAAAACAAUCUCAAUUGUAAUAAAAUAGUUAGAAUUUGAAUAGCAAAACAAAUUAAAAUUGUUACA